GCUCAAGAGAAGUGCAUCUUUUUAAAUCGCGGAUAACAGAUUGGGCGCGCAUUUAGUUUUGCAGAAGACUAAAAAUGCAGCUUGCUUCAAAGAACCACGGCGACGCGAAAAGUAAAUUCAAAACUCGGUAAAAUUAUCCGAUCUUUUUGUUGGAGGAAGGUGCGAUCAUGAGGGAUGUCUCCGAUCUAUAUUUCGUGACGAGUGCACAGGUUCAAAACACGAUCUAAAUCUUGAAAUAAUCCGGCAACGAAAAGACGAAACAAAAAUGAUCUGAUCCACCGGCUGGCUACUUAGGCGACAUGGAUGGGAUCUUCUCGAAGGUGGAUAUGAAUAAAACUUGAGCUUGCGUUCCAUUAAGAAAACGAUCCUGCACGAACCGCUCGACCCAAUUUGCGUGGUCCCCUUACCUCAGUUAAAACUAAAUACCGAACGUUUUUCGGAGUAAAAAGUAAACUAAACCCUGAAGCCUCGCUUCUGCCUCUAAAGAAACUUUUGUUCAUCUUCCCACCUUUUUAUCCAAGCCUUAUCGAAAAUGGCGGCUGCAGCUCCCAACAAGCGCGUCCGCAAUGGUCCGGUCCCGGUGACCGUGUUGACCGGGUUCCUCGGGUCCGGUAAGACCACCUUGAUGAACCACAUUCUGAACGACCAGAACCACGGCAUGAAGUUCGCGAUCAUCGAGAAUGAGUUCGGUGAAGUGGGCGUCGACGAGAAGAUUUUGCACCAGACCGAGGCGGUCGACGAGGAGGUCAUCGAGGUGAUGAACGGCUGCAUCUGCUGCACGGUGCGCGGCGAUUUGGUCGAGGCGCUGAAGAAAUUGUACAAGAUAUCCUGAGUAAAAACGUACCCACACCGGAGUCAGGAUGGGGAUUUUGCAACACAAGCCUAGGAGUUUUAGGAGUCACGCAUGACAAGUUGCAGUCCGUAAGGUAGUGCAAGUUAGCAAGGAAAGCCGCAUCACAAAUCGACCUUCUGAUCCUGUUUACAGCAUUACAAGUUCCCAAACACGAUUGAAAAUGCCUGUCAUGGGGUUGCGCAUCACAAAUGUUCCUGUCAUGGAAAAUCUGCAUGACAACUCAGGGGUGGGUACGUUUUUACUCAGGAUACAAGAAGGUCGAGAAGUUUGACGGGGUCAUCAUCGAGACCACCGGGUUGGCCGACCCGGCCCCGGUCGCCCAGACCUUCUUCUAUGCAAUGCAAAAGUAUCGUACUAGUAUAAAUUGCAUUACAAAUUCCCCCAGCAUUACAAAUUGACUUUGUGAUGCUGAUUUACCUUGAGGAAGAGAUUUGUAAUGCAUAAAUGCAAUUGCUACGAGUACGAUUCUUUUGCACAGGAUAUCUUCGUCGACGAGACCAUCUCCAUGCUGUACAAGCUCGACUCCAUCGUCACGGUGGUCGACUCCCAGCACAUUCUGCAGCACCUGGACGAGGAGAAGCCGGAGGGUGUGGAGAACGAGUCGGUCGAGCAGGUCGCGUUCGCGGAUGUCAUCCUGCUGAACAAGACCGACUUGGUCGAAAAGGAGGAGGACUUGGCCAACUUGGAAAAGCGCAUCAAGUCCAUCAACUCCCAGGUAUCCACUUAUUUUGUACGUGGUUUUAUUUUAUUCCCAUGCUGUAUUCAAAAUUUUACUAGAACUGCUGCUGUUUAGUUUUAUGCAUGCCCGCAUAUAAUUAGUUGUACUAGGACAGUUUAUGUGUGCAUGUUUUUCGUGCUUCUCCUCUUCCUGAAUGUGCUAUAUGAUCAUGCUAGACAAACGUCAAACCACUACAACCUCUCUCAGGCCCCGAUCCACCGCUGCCAGCACUCCAAGGUCGAGCCGCAGAAGCUGUUGAAUGUGGGCGCUUUUGACCUGAUAUCAAAUGUAAAAAUGUCUGGGUCUGGAAACUUGUGAGGCUGUGUGGCGUAUCAUGAGGAGGCGACAAUUGCUGGCUCAGCAUGACAAGUUUCUGAGCUUCUAGGUGUUGCCUAUUCUGCAUGACAAACUACGUUUCUGCAUGGCAGAAAAGUGGGGCUCUUUGGUAAUGUGCAUGACAGAUUUAAGAUUCAUGCCAAACAAGCAUGACAAACUUGCAUUCUUCCAGACCCAGACAUUUUUACUUUUGAUACCUGAAGCGUGUCUUGGAAAUGGACCCGGAAUUUUUGAACACCGACGGCGAACACGCCCACGACUCCGCCGUGUCCUCCCACAGCGUCAGGUAUAAUAGAGAAUUCGGUUGUUUGUCAUAUGCUGGAAUUUCAAGACAAUGACAAUAUGCAUUCGGAAUCCUACCUACGCGAACCUGGUUUGUUCGCGAUUUAGACAAUCAGUCAUAUUAUUAGUACUUCUUCCCCAUCUUCCCUCGAUGUGACGUUAUUCUAUUCAUCGUCCUUCGAGGUCUCCAACGGGAACAUAAGAAACUGUGGUACUCGCAACGUGCGCGGCUGUCUAUUUAAUCAGGCGUAGCAUCUUUUCUGUGCCAUACAGUUAACACGACUCAUAGAAACUUUGAUCUAGCACCAGAAGACACAACUUCCAAGAAAUGUAUUUUCUAGAAUCAGAUCAGGAUCAGUUCUUCACACCACGCCCGCUUAAUGUUGCGCUAAGUUUCAUCAGAACUUUGAGAAAGUGACUAUGCUGUCGCCGGUAUGACAUGACAAUAGUAUAGUACCAUUGAAUCUCCAAAAUCCUAAAACCUGAAAUGCAAAUGCAACAAACUUCCGAUUGUAAGCCUGUUUGGGGUUAUAGCUCGAGCUGCUAAAGCAGCAUGAGAGAAUCAGUCUUCUUUGCCUAAACAGCAUUAGAAACUGGGUUCGAGCUGGAACCCAUUUUACGCAUGACAAAUCAUUUCGAUUUUGUCCAGGUUCGAGGGCGACUUGAACGCGAACCGCCUGCAGCGAGGAAAUGCUAUACAUUUGCAAAAGUGCUAACUUGCUCAGUGAAUUUGUGGAAAUCUCCCAGCACAGGGCGCGAAGUUGGAAGUAGUACGUGGUGGCUUGGUGGGUCAUCCCAUCCCAAGUUGCAUCAAAAGGGGAUCUCCAUAAACAAACUAACUAGGUCUCUCGCGCAGUCGGAGGCUGCGGGUAUGCGCCAGGGAGGUAUGGCGCAGGGGGGCGCCCGGCAAUGCAAGCAUCGAAAACGCCUACGCCAUAAUCCCGGCAAAACCACAGCCCACCGGUAUGGUGCGGCGGGCUUUGUUCUAGGCUAGAUUUCUUUCUUUCAAGGCAGGCGGAAGCCUAAGCAACCAGCCUGCGCUUUCGUCCCCACUGAAAAUCAGGCCGGCGACAUCAAAAGGAAAGGCUCCCUCCCCAUAUGCAUCAAGACGCAACUUCUGCCGGUGGGGGGAUCUCCAUAAACAAACUAACUAGUACUAGGUCUCUCGCGCAGUCGGAGGCUAGUACGGGUAUGCGCCAGGGAGGUAUGGCGCAGGGGGGCGCCCGGCAUAGCAAGCAUCGAAAACGCCUACGCCAUAAUCCGGGCAAAACCACAUCCCAAGUUGCAGCCAUCCCAUCCCGCGACAAAUGGCGAGUUAGUCGUCCGUGCGGCCGGACGGACGACUAACUCGCCGAUGCUAGUUAGUUGAGUCAAUUGUUACCCCGCUCCAAUAAACUUCAGGUUCGAGGGCGACUUGAACGCCAACCGCCUGCAGCGCUGGUUGGACAAGUUGAUCACGGAGAAGUCCAACGACCUCUUCCGGUACAAGGGCGUGCUGUCCGUGAAGAACAUGCGCAAGAAGUUCGUCUUCCAGGGCGUGCACAUGCUGAUGGCAGCCGGGUUCUCGGAGGACUUGCAGUGGAAGGACGACGAAAAGCGUGAGUGCCGCCUGGUCUUCAUCGGCCGCUUGUCCCCGGAGGACAAGAAGUUUUUGACCGAAAAGGUCCAGGACUGCAAGGCCGAGGACAACCUGCGCUUCAAAAUCGGCGACAAGGUGCAGGCCAAGACGGGUAUAAUUCUGGAAUUUCGAUCUGCCACGUGCUGCUUUUGUGAUUUUCGUUUUGUUUUCGGUUAUGCACACCUUGUUUGGCGAGGUUCAGUUUUUAUUUGAUUCGCAUUCAACGUGCGACGGAUAUUAUGUGUUGCUGUGAAGAGUACCAGAAGUUCAAUCCCUACAAAUAUGAAACUUUUUCAGGUGCCCAGAAAUGGGAAGUCGGGACUGUUAUCAAGACCUGGGACCAGGGUAACCCGUACCGUAUCGAGAUUGACGGCAGCGGCAAGAACGUGUGGGGUCCGGAGGACCGCGACAUCUGCGUGCGCGCUGCUGAGGCGUAAGUAAGCCGGGCAGUUUUAUUUCCGGUGGAAGUUCAUGUCAGGACAUCUUUCACGUCGUCGUGAAUCGUCUUUGCAGCCCCUGCGGGCAUGUUCACGACGAUCUCUGUUGGUUUUUUAAAGCAGCGCUUGCGCUACUGGAAAAUUCAUUGGCUGUUGUGACACACGGCGAGGGCACUUUGCUGACUGCGGUGAUGCUGCAUUUUGGCAGAGCCAGCUGUAGAAAGCUCGGUUCGGUCGUGUGACAUCCGAGUCAGUGACAUUGUCUGACUCGCGGCGUUUUGUAUGCUCUACGAAAAAAAAUUGUUCGAGAAUAAAGUAAAUUUUCAAGAAAAGUGGUUUGAAAUCUCUUCUUACGGAAAGGAUGCACUGAAGUAGACAGAAUUGAGAACAUCGACAGCUAUUGGUAAUAAUGAACAGGAAAGCACAAUUGUAAACAGCUUUUUAAUCAUCACCUGUAACGAACAAACGUUACAAAAUCGAGUGGCUUUUUUAUCAUCUGAUCUUCCAAAAAAUUCCCGAAUACUUACUUAUUUUAUUGCCAUUUUCCGCGAUGCCGCAGCGGGGCACGCUAGAAGAAGCUACCGCUUCUUUUAAGAAUCUAAGGAGAGACGUCGCACGGUGAAGGUAAGUACACGCACCAUCCUUGCUUCCAAGAAGCAGGCGGGAUCCGCAACUGCCGACUGUGCAGGAUGACGGUUUGUUGCUCAGGCCACGUUGGAAACCGAGGCUACGGCGACAUGUCAUACGAUUUUUUUAGUGAAGGGACUUUCAUUCUGGUGCACCCUCUGUGGACACAUUGCUCGUCACACCGAAGAAAACCCGACCCAACAGUCGACAAAAACGUAAAAGCAAACUUUCACAAAUUCCGAAUUGGUAAUCCAUACAAGAGUGGCUAUUUUGAAUCUAUAAAUCAUAAUUUCUUUCCUCGAUAAAGGGAAAAACAU